UCUCAGCCGAGAUUGGUUUGUCUCUCGUAUUUAUUUAUGUCCCAGUUUGACUCGAGCGAAUUAUAUGUGUAUGAGAAUACGUACAUGCAGUCAAUGUAGAGACAAGUAGAGGGGAUUGUAGCAGGCACACAGCAGGCACCAUUCUACUUGGUUUCUCACGGUUUUCGACCAGUUCAGAUCAUUCAGAAUUCAGAUGACAAACCUACCUUCUCGCGUGUUGAUGUAACGACAUGAGUGAGAGAGUGCCGCGUCGUAAAUGCGAGAUUCUAAAUGUCAAAGGUGUCCAAGUCCAUGAGACCAAAAAAUAACUGUCGUGAAGUAUAUAUUUGUGCAACUGGUGCAACUAUAUCCAGUGGAGGUUUCUUCGUGACUAUGAAUAUUUUCCACAAAUCAUGUUAAAUUAUGUAAUUAUCACAUUUGCACGUUUAUCGACGAAUACCUCGUUAAGCGUUGGAACAGAUAUGAGAGGAGGAGGAAAAAGAACAAUUCAUUGACAAGACAUAGAGAAAAUAUUGGGAAACAUGGAAUGAUGAUGUAGUCCUGAAUGAAACAACAAUGAUACCUCACAUUAUAACUUUUACACCGGUACGACGAAGAUGCUUCAUAACAUUGCUGAUAGUGCUGGUACCUUGCACUUUCUUCAAUCUUGUCUCGAUGCCGGAUAUGCACGAAGAAACUGCACUGCAAAAUAGUAUUGCAGAGCUUCAAGCAAAACUGGAACAUCUGCAGUCAAAACACAUAGCUAGCCAAGAAGGAAUAAAUGUACUUUCGCAUCAGUUACUUACGCUCACUGAAAACACUCAUAUGCUACCAGAUUUACAAAUGUUUUUAAACAACGGAACGUCCAACAUCUCCAGCAUCAAGCUGCCAUCGAUUUACAAUUUUUUCCCACACUUCUUGAGUGAUCCCAACAGCCUUCGACCAGCUUUUCUCCAGAGUAAAGGACGCAGCGGUGUUAGCAUGGUACUUGGGAUACCUACUGUGAAACGUGAAGUUCAAAGCUACUUGUUGAACACAUUAAAGAAUCUGUUAGACCGCAUGUCUCCUGAUGAAAGUUCUGACACAUUGAUUAUCGUAUUAGUCGCAGAGACUGAUUUGGAGUACGUGACUUACGUUGCAAAGCAGAUUGAAGUCCAAUUUCCCAAUGAGUCUGAAGUCGGUUUGAUCGAAGUGAUAUCACCGUCACCUUCCUAUUAUCCUGAUUUGUCGAAACUUCGUAACACCUUAGGCGACGAUCAUCAGCGUGUAGUAUGGAGAUCGAAACAAAAUUUGGAUUUUGCAUUUCUAAUGUCAUAUGCCGAAACUAAAGGAACAUUUUAUAUACAAUUGGAAGACGACAUACUGGCGAAAAAGAACUUUAUAAGUACCAUGAAAUCGUAUGCAUUACAAAAAAUCAGUAUGAAGGAGAAUUGGUUUGUUCUCGAUUUUUGUCAACUAGGUUUUAUAGGUAAACUAUUCAAGUGCGUAGAAUUACCAUGGCUCGUUCACUUUUUCUUCAUGUUUUACAACGACAAACCUGUUGAUUGGCUACUCGACCAUUUCAUAGCGACGAAAGUUUGCUCUCUCGAUAUGGACCAUAAACGUUGUAAAAUGGCUAAAGCUGAACUAUGGUUACACUACAAACCAUCGUUAUUCCAACAUAUAGGCACGCAUUCUUCCUUGAAAGGAAAAGUACAAAAAUUGAAGGAUAAACAAUUUGGUAAAAUUACGCUGUUUUAUGGUCAUGAAAAUCCAGACGCAACGGUUGAAUCUCAAAUAAAGCCGUACAAACAAUUCACCCUGCAUAAGGCGUACAAAGGGGAAUCGUUCUUCUGGGGUCUCUUGCCUCAGCCUGGUGAUCACGUCAAGUUCAAGUUCACACGACCUAUUUUUAUAAAAAAAUAUUUGUUCAGAAGUGGCAAUGUCGAGCAUCCUUCGGACAAGUUUUACAACACCACAAUAGAAGUUUUGACGGAAUCGUCGAGCACCCUCAACAGAAAUAGUAACGAUGUUACUGAAGAUGGUUACGUUAUAAUAGGAAAAUUCGAUGCACUUGGAAUAGCAUGUGGAACGGUGGAUAAGCAACUGGGGCGUGUUAAAGUUCUCCGAAUGACAGUACACAGUGAAAGUGAAAAUUGGGCAAUAUUGUCCGAGAUCCACAUAAUAGAGGGCGAUCUCAGUUGACGUUCACGGGGCAAAGUAGCUCGAUACAAAAUACAUUAAAACAAUAUACGAGGUCGCAAUAAGAAAUUGGAUUUCCAUCGAAAGUCAUGAAAUUCAGCAAUUCACAAACCACUGUUGCGAUCCUUCUCGUCACAUGUGAAAGUAAAGAAGAAAAAUGAUUUAAUAUCGUCGCAAAAUUUCAGCAUUAAUUUAAGGAUUUUUAAGUGCCUGUUGAUAAAAAGAAGUGUCCAUAAAUCAAUCCGAAGGACAAAUUUGUUGCCGUGAUCGUCGAUGCACGGUGUACCUUCUUCGAAUUAAAUACGCAAUUACAUAUACACAUUUAUACAUAUACAUAUACGAACUUUUCGUUCACCGAAUUUAUUAUCAUUUUCCAAGUUUAACGUUGUUAUCUCGUGUUUUACUAUUGUUUAUCAUAGCAAGUUUAAACCGUAAACCCUACAACGGGGUCGAAAACGUCCCUAAUUUUACACUUCAACAUGAAAUGUUCCUCAGAUACGAUAAUAAGAUUUCGCUGUAUACCGUUCUCUUCGUUUUUUUAAUCAUAAAAUGAAUGCUCUACGAUAGAAUGGCAUCUCGUGUAGAUUCUACUGUAAAAACACUGAAAAGGGAUGAAGAGGUUUGAAAAAAAGGUUACCACAAAAAAUUGAGCUCGAUUCCGAUCUCGCUGUAGGAGCAUCGGGCUAAAACACUCCGAUUUUUUCUUCUUGUAUGUGCAAAUACGCAUAUAUUUAUACGAGGCAUUCCACGCCAUUUGGCUAAGCCGUGACCCGAACCAUUGUCAAAUUUCCGCAAAAUUUUACAUAAAAUUCAAAACAAGUUUUUUUUUAGAAAAAUUCAAAUAUUAUGGAAAAAUUAGAAGGGAACGUGAGCCCAUGAUCGGCGUUAGAAGUCGUGAAAUUGGUCAUACUAUUUUAGAGAAUGUUUUGGAAAAAAUUAAGUCGACAAUCAUUGUUAAAAAAUAUUGUUUUUACCUCAGAUCCGUGUUUCUCCUUUUUUUUUUUGAAAGUGGGCCAAAAUAGAGUCGAUGCAGGGACAUUUUUCGAUAUGCUGAUUAUUCCCUGUUUUCGUUUUGUUGCUUGAAAAAUAGUAACUCUUGAAAAACGUGAUUUAAAAAUGGUGAAAUUGCUUUCGAUAUUUCCUUGUUGGAUACAAUUUUAUAAAAAUUAAAAAUCAUCAGGGUCACGUCUCAACGCGAUGGCAUGGAAUGCGUUCGUCUCUCUUCCUCUCUAAUCGAUGUUCAAGAAAAAUCAAAGCUUACGAAAUACUCACAGAAUAUGAAUAAGACGGCCCAAUUACUGCAAUGAAUAUUGCGAGACAAAAAACGGAUUAAAAUCGCUGCCAUUUAUUCGAGUCAAUCAAAUCCAUUGCAUAUGAUGAAGAGAAAAACGAGAGGAAAAAAGGGAUAAAAAAAUGUUCUGCAUCGUCGAUAAUUAGGCAGAAAAAGAACAGACAUUUAUACACGUUCUCAAUCCCCUUUGAUAAUAGUUUCUUUAGUUUUGGUCGUUUAAUAUUUUGAUUUCUUUGUAAAGUUACGUACCAUAGCGAUCCAGUGCCCAAUUAAUACAAAUGACGAAAGCACAAUUCCUCAAAAUCAUUGGGACAAAUGAGCUCAAGCCCGUUCGUUCCACUUUUCGGCAUGGGAAACGAAUUUCACCGGUUCCUCGGAACUGUGUUUCGAAAUUUUGUAGUAAUCGCUAUCGUACGUACCUGUAAUGGGAGUUAAACGAAUCUGCCGAAAAGACAAAACUCACUGUCGAAAAACAAGAUCGCUGAGAACUGUGAAGCUUGAUGAAAUAACGGCGUAUUUAUAUAUUGUAUAAUUGAUUCUCUCAAAUCCGUCAGCUUUCGGCUCGCAUCAUUUUUUUUGAGUGUCGAUAAUCCACGUGAAUAAAAUGUACCGAUUACUCGUUUUCGCAGCAAUUGAGCUCGAGCAGUUUGAACCACGUGCCCGUAGUUACCACGUCACUUAGAAUUUGAACAAACUCAACAGCGUUUAUGGUUUCCCUUUUUAUUAUACUCCAUUAUUUUCAUUGCCCAAUAAUUAUAUUUUUAUCGAAAUUAAUUCUAGCUCGUAACGAAAGCGACUUUACUGUUGGUGGAUUGAAAUCCAAGAAGCCAUGGUUAAUCAAUACUUUUCAAUUAUUUAUGCAGCAAUUUGACAGUGCCAAACCUCGAAUCCUACCAUCGUGGUUAGCUCGAUUGAGCGUGGCAACUAUGGGUCAAAAUAUGUCGAAAAAGAUUCAAAGAAAUAACCUGGCCGUACACUUGUCAAAGGAGCGCUAAAUUUCUACAAAAUCUUUGAGUCAAGUUCAAUGUGUCGGUUAUACGUAACGUUUGUGAAUUUGAGUCUCACAGCAUGUUUUAUAAACUGAGAGGGAUUCUAGAAACGAUAAAUUGGCAGAAGGUUCAAGUGAUCAAUUCACAUUUCCGUUACGACACGUUCCUAGUAAUAUUUUUUGUUCUCGAAGAACGCUCUUUAUAAUGAAACAUGCUGUUCUGCAAAUUCAACUUCAUUGUGUUCGAUCGAUGCAUUGAGCUGAGUAUCAAAGUCUUGCAAAAAUUUAGCACCUCCCUUUGACUAUGGAGUACAGCAAAAUCUACUCUUGAAAGUUUAUUUGAUUUUUGAAUUGAUUCUGAAAGACUAAAACCAUGUGCUGAGUCGAGACUUUUCCGUAGUUGCUUAAAUUGAGAACUGAUCGAGUGCACUUUAUUCAUUGUGAUGAACAAAGCGAUUUUAACGUCUGUCUGAUAGAAAACACGUUGAAGAGUCGGAGAUCGCGCGACGCCUAUUGUACAAUUUCAAUCAGAGGCUAUACAGGGCAUAAGCAUUUUUUAAAAAUAAGAAUAACAAAGAAAAUAUUCUAUUUAACUUCUAGUCUUGUUUAUCGGUCAACCUGUGGAGUCUACAUACAAACGUACGUGAAGAAAUACCUGUCGCUGAAUUUCGCCUUGUGCCUAAUUAACUUAGAAUUUCACCAUAAACUAAUCGCCAUAUAACUUCGUCUCGCGGAGUAAAAUCUAUUUGGAAACAAACAAAAAAUCUCUGCUAUACUGACAAAAAUGAUGGGUGAAUGAUAUUCGCGAAUUUUGUACUUAAUUAUAUCAUAAGAAUGCGACAAAUAUAUGCCAUAAGGUGUCUCGAAAUAUAA